AUGGCAAAAAUCAAUCUUAAAGAAAUCGAUACCAGGGCACCCGGAGAUUUUGAUAAAAAAGAAACGAAGGAAAAGACCGCGCGUAUGGUCGAGGAACUGGAUGGCCUGCAAAACCUGCUAUAUGCCGAGGGUAAACAUUCCGUUUUAAUCGUUAUACAGGGAAUGGAUGGAAGUGGUAAAGACGGGGUGAUCAGAAAUGUGCUGGGCAAUAUGAAUCCGCAGGGUGUUACCGUUCAAUCCUACAAAGCACCUACGCCUGAGGAAUUAUCACACGAUUUUUUAUGGCGGAUACAUCAACAUACCCCGGGCAAAGGAAUGAUACAGGUUUUUAACCGGUCACAUUAUGAAGACAUACUCAUCACCCGCGUGCAUAAAUGGUGUGAUGACGAGACGGCAAAGAAGCGGAUGAAAGCAAUUAAUGAUUUUGAAAAACUAUUAUCCGAGCAUAACAGCACGCAUAUUCUUAAGUUUUACCUCCAUAUUUCUCCCGGUGAACAGCAUGACCGCCUUUCCGAACGCAUGAAAGACCCGGCAAAAAUGUGGAAGUAUAACGAGAAGGAUUUUGAAGAGGCAAAGCUUUGGGAUAUUUAUAUGGAGAUGUACGAAGACUGUUUUAAUAACUGCAAUGAUGUGCCAUGGCAGAUUGUACCGGCGGACCAGAACUGGUAUAAAGAAUACCUGAUCGCGAAAGCGCUUCACUCGCUCCUGGAAGGGUUGAAUAUGCAAUAUCCCGGUCUAAAAAAAUGA